AUUUUGAGCAUGACUACAUUUUCAAAACAAAAUGACCUACCAAGUUUGCCAGUUCCGGAGCUCGACGAGACACUCGAUAAGUAUUUGAGAUCAGCAACCGUACUUCUCAACGAUGAGCAGAAGCGGACAACCACACAAGCAGUUGAAGAAUUCCGAAGUAGCAAGCUGGCCAAGCAACUGCAGGAUGCUCUAGUAAAGCGAAGCCAAGAAAUGAGAAAUUGGCUGGAAGAUUGGUGGUAUGACGCCUACAACGAAAUCCGAGAGCCAUUGAUUCCUUAUGUCUCUUUGGCAUCUGGUAACACAUUUUGGACAGCGUUGGAAGGUUCCCAGAUCUGUCGUGCUGCCGAAGAUAUUUACUACUGGAUGCAAUUCUGGGAGAAAAUCAGAAAGGGAACACUACCGCAGACAGUAAGCCGAGGAGUUGUAUGGGAUAUGCACCAGUAUUAUUGUCUUUUCAAUAGCUGUCGAGUACCAGAGAUUCCCAGAGAUAAAAUUUACCGUUACUUCAAAACAGAAGCAGAAGGGGAUUGCCCAACGCACAUUACCGUACUCUGUCGUGGUAAUAUAUGGCGGGUGGAGAUGGUAAGGAAUGGAACAUUGCGAACACCUGAUGAACUCCAUCAUGUGCUCACAUAUAUCGAUAAGAAUUCCAAGGAAAAAGAAUAUUGUAUAGCUACGCUGACAGCAGACAAGAGAGACACUUGGGCGCAGGUCCGUGCAUCGCUCAUAGCAAGUUCUGAUCGAAACAAACAAAACAUCAAAAGUAUAGAAGAGUCGUGCUUUUGCCUGACCUUGACCGAUAGUACUUACAGUACUGUAUCGGAGCAACUUCAUGCUUCUCUAAUGGGAGAAAGCAGGAUGCAAUGGGCGGAUAAAAGUGUGAAUAUCAUUAUCAGCAAAGAUGGAAGGAUUUACAUACAAGGGGAGCAUAGUAACGCAGAUGCUAUUGUUAUCAUGCAAGGUGGAGAUGAUGCCACAGCUAGGUCGCGAAAAGAAAUCUGGCAGCCAAAAGAUGUGCCUUUUGACAAACCAGAAUUGCUCGAGUUUGACCUCUCUCCCAGCCAUAUCAGAUCCAUAAAACACGCUGAUAAGAUUUUUAAGAAAUUGAGCCAAGCAGUUCGAGUAGACACGGUACUCUUUGAAAAGUAUGGGAACAAUUUGAUCAGACAAGCAAAGCUUUAUACAGAUACGAUAAUACAAAUCGCUCUUCAGCUAUCAUUUCUCAAAACACACGGAAGAUUUGCUCCGAUAUAUGAAACGGCAUCAACAAGAAAGUUUUACCACGGAAGGACCGAAACUGUGCGAGGUUGUACACAUGAAAUGGUAGCCUUCGGUCGUUCUGUGCUUGGAGGAAAAAGAAAGGAAGAACAGCGCCGAUUAUUUACUGCAGCCUAUGAUGCGCAUAACAAACUAAUGGAAGAUUGUAUGAACGGCAGAGGUGUAGAUCGCCAUUUGUAUGGACUGCGGAAGACCUUAGAAACGUUCAGCAAAGGUUGUUCACCGAAAAUGGAGACACCAAAAAUUUUCACCGAUGAAGGAUGGAGAAUAUCAGGAGGAGAUGGAAACUUCCUACUGUCUACUAGCUUCAUUGGCUAUAUGCCACAGAAUGACGAAGUGGCUGGAUAUGGAUAUGUGAGCGCCAUGCGGCCAGAUGGAUACGGAACUUUUUACAGGAUAGGAAGAAAUAAGAUACAGUUCACGAUCUCAGACUGGCACCCAUCCAAGUCAAAUCUGACCGAGUACGGAGAAAAUAUCAAGUGGGCACUAGACAAGCUCUCAGAGUUCUUCGCUGUCGACACUCCCUCCAAACUCUAGGGGAAAACACUCAAAUGCAUAUCUUAUAUAUAAAGCUGAAUGUCUGUUUGUAUGUAUGUCUGUCUGUCUGUAUGUCUGUCUGUCUGUGUGUACGUAUGUUCCGAAU